AUGAAAAUAAAAUUCAGUGGAUGGAGCUGUAGUUCGAAAUUUUGUAUUGUUCAAGAAGUGCAACCGAAUGAUAUAAUCGAAGCUGUAGUAUUUAAAAUUGAACAGGCCAUCCCUUGCACAAAAAUUACUAAUGUUAUACAUGAUGGUAGGAAAUUAAAUAAAACAAAAUCCUUUGAAUAUUAUGGUAUUUCCGAUGGAACUUUAAUAGACGUGCAAACAGAUACCGAAGAUGCAACGUCUAGAAAAACAGUUUGUAUGGGUUGCAGCUACCAUAAUUUGGUACAUUUAUCAGCGAAUGUUGCCCGAGUGCAUGAAACCAGAUCUCACUUCAGUCAAGAAGCUACUCAUGCUUCUCUGCAUCAAUGGAUGCAAAAGUUGAACCCUAAAGAUCAAACUAAAAUUAUACAAUUCAUUAAUUCAGCUAGUGAUGGUCUCAAAACUCGAUUUAUGGUUUGCAUUAAAGAUAUGUUUGAAGUCUAUGUAAAAAAAUAUAGAAAUAUAGAAUAUGCUAAUCUUAUAGAUUUUGAUUAUUGUGAAUUAUUAAAUGAAUUACGUUGCCCAGUAUGUUGUACUAAGUUUUCUCUUCAUCCACACUCGCCGAUCACUCCAAUUCAGUUGUGUACCAUCAGUGACAAACAUUAUACAUGCCAUGAAUGUGUCAGCAAAGUUAAGUGUUGCCCAUUGUGUAAGGGAGAAAUUCAUACCCAAGCUGUUACUUCUAAAUAUGUUAUGAAGCUCCUUCGGGCAAGCAAGCAAAAAAUUGAAGUAUACUGUUUGCCAACAGAAUUGACUAAUAUCGAUAUAAAAGAUAAUCAACGACCUUUUGCGCAUGGUGCUUUUUGCAAUGUAUACAAAGUGGAAAAUUAUGCUAUCAAAUGUCCUCGUGUUCCAACAGUAAUUGGUUGUGAUAUAGAAGAUGCUAUCAUCCAUGAAAUAUUUCUUUCUCGACCGAUGAGUCAUAUACCUAAUGUUUUAAUAGUAUACGGUGGUAUUCGAUUACCAACUUAUGGUAUGUCUAUUGUUAUGGAAUUCGUUGAUGGCCCAAGUCUCGCCAAGGCAUUAUCUGAUGACACGAUUCUGAAUUUGACAUUCGAAGAGCGUCUAGAAAUUUCACUAGGAGUUUGUAAAGGUCUUGGAGAGUUACAUUUGGCAGGAAUCGUGCACAGAGAUUUCAAACCAGCAAAUGUUCUUCUUAAAAAAGUAUCUAAUGGACACGGCUACGUACCAAAAAUAGCUGAUUUCGGAGUGAGUUUUCUCAUACAAACAGCAUCAGCUACAGCCGUACAAAAAUUAGGCGGCACUGUUGGAUAUGAUGCACCCGAAGUGGCUGAUGGAAAUACUCCAUCAUUUCAAUCGGAUAUUUAUGCUCUUUCAUUUACACUCUACGAACUAUUGACAGUUCAUCGCCCAUUCAUUGGUCUAAAAGAUACGCAAAUAAUAACGAAAUACACAAUAAAAGGGGAACGUCCCAAAGAUUGGAGUAUUCGUGCUAAUAACCCGACAGUAAACAUUCUACCAGAUAUGUUAAAAAAUGUCAUUGAGAAAGGUUGGCUACCAACAUCUGAAGAUCGUGCGUCAAUCGGUGAAAUUAUCUAUGCGAUAAGAAAAACGAUUAAUUCUGAUUAUAAGAGUUGUGCACGAACAUUGUGGGAACGCUUUCAUUAUUCAAGCAGAGAUUCAUCGUACGAAUACGAUUUCAUCGACAAAUACAACACAUUUGAAUUGCUAGCAAUACAAGAAAUCAUCAAAAGAUUAGUGAUUGAAGAUAGUGAAGCGGUUCAACUCUUAUUAAAUAACUAUGCUUGGGGUUGA